GCAGCAUCAAUAACUUAUUCAACCCACGCCAUCCGCGUCUGCAGCGCUCUCCAUCCUAUCGCAGGACACGCCCAGCAGCCAACAUGAGCGUCACGGUCGUGCUUGGCUCGCAGUGGGGAGACGAGGGCAAGGGCAAGUUGGUGGAUAUCCUGUCUGCCGAGGUCGACGUCUGCGCGCGCUGCGCGGGCGGCAACAACGCCGGGCACACCAUCAUCGUUCCGAUGGGCCCCGAAAACACAAAGACGACGUUCGCGUUCCAUCUCCUUCCGAGCGGUCUCAUAAACCCCAAGUGCACGGGCCUCAUCGGCUCGGGCGUCGUGGUGCACGUCCCGUCUUUCUUCGCAGAGCUCGAUCAGUUGCAGUCACAGGGCUUGGAUUGCACCGACCGGCUGUUCAUCUCCGACCGCGCGCAUCUCGUCUUCGAUUUCCACCAGAUCGUCGACGGGCUGAAAGAAGUCGAAUUGGGGGGAUCUAGCAUCGGGACGACGAAGAAGGGCAUCGGCCCGGCGUACUCUGCCAAGGCCUCGCGGUCGGGUCUGCGCGUGCACCACCUGUUCAACCACGAUACGUUUGCGGACAAGUUCCGCAAGAUUGUCGAGGGUCGGUACAAGCGCUACGGGCACUUUGAGUAUGACACCGAGGGCGAGAUCCAGCGGUACAAGGCGCUUGGGGAGCGGCUGCGGCCGUACGUGGUGGACAGCGUCGUGUACGUGCACGCGGCGCUUGCGGCGGGGAAGCGGGUGCUGGUGGAGGGCGCCAAUGCGCUGAUGCUGGACCUCGACUUUGGGACGUACCCGUUCGUGACAUCCUCGUCGACAACGAUCGGCGGGGUGUGCACGGGACUGGGGAUCCCACCCAAGCGGAUCGGCAAGGCGAUCGGAGUGGUUAAGGCGUACACGACGCGGGUCGGCGGGGGGCCGUUCCCAACGGAACAGCUGAACGAGAUCGGGGAGCACUUCCAGGAGGUGGGAAGGGAGUUCGGGACGACGACGGGCCGGCGGAGGCGGUGCGGGUGGCUAGACCUGGUGGUGCUGAAGCACUCGCUACUGAUCAACGGCUACGACACCCUGAACGUGACGAAGCUGGACGUGCUGGACGGCCUCGCGGAGAUCAAGGUGGCAGUCAAGUACGUCGUGGACGGAAAGGAGCUGGCUGGGUUCCCCGCCGACCUGGACGUGCUGGCGAAGGUGGAAGUGGAGUACGUGACGCUGGCUGGGUGGGGGACGUCGAUCGCGGCGACGAGGGCGUUCGAGGCGCUGCCGGAGAACUGCCAGAAGUACGUGUCUUUCAUCGAGGAGUUCGUGGGUGUGCCGGUGGAGUGGAUCGGGGUGGGCCCUGGGCGGGAGAGCAUGAUCACGAAGAGAAUAUAGACAGAUAGAAAGAAGUGCAGCGCGGAAAUGGAACUACAACUGUGGCUGGCAGGG